AGACUGAAAAUGAGGGAUGUCGUCGAAUUCUUUGAAACGCCCACUGAUCCAGGAAUUUCCAUUCAGCAUGACAGAGCAUUUCACCUAGGGGGUUCUCUUGCUACUGCAGCAGCCUCCAUAUUUUUUCAGGAGGAAGUCAAGAUCACUGCCAAUAGAGGUUCUUACCCAAUUAUUCACAAGCUGAUGGCGCGUGAUUUGAACAAUUCAAAUAUUAUUGGCAGAGGAGCUCAUGGUGUUGUAUAUAAAUAUUCACUAGGAGCAUCCCUAGUUUAUGCUGUAAAGAAGGUUUCAUUUGCUGGUAACAAAAGAAAGAUUGUAAAGAUAGCUAGAGAAAUUGAAAUCAUUGCAAAGAUUAGGCACCGAAAUCUGGGCAGAUUGCUAGACUUUUUGUUCAUAAAGGACUGCUGUCUGAUCUUGUACAAUUACAUGCCAAAUGGAAACCUUCAUGAUGUUUUGCAUGAAAAGAAUCCACCGCCAUGCCUAGAGUGGAAUGUCCGGUAUAGGAUUGCUCUUGGAAUUGCUCAUGGGUUGGCUUAUCUCCAUUAUGUUUGUCAUCCUGCCAUAGUGCACUGUGCCAUCAAACCUAAAAAUAUACUUCUGGAUUCUGAUAUGGAUCCUCGUAUUGCUAAUUUUGGUGUUGCCAAGCUUUUGGAUCAGUCUUCUUCUUCAACAUCAUCUUUACCAGUUCCAGGCACACAAGGGUAUAUAACACCAGAGAGCACAUAUACAACAGCAAAUACCAGGGAGUUUGAUGUUUACAGUUAUGGGAUAGUUUUGCUUCAGUUGAUAACUAGAAAGAAGGCAGUAGAUCCAUCAUUUAUGAAUGGAACUGAGAUAGGAAUUUGGGUCAGAACUCAAUGGAGGGAAACAGGAGACAUUAAUACAAUUGUUGAUUCAAGCCUUGCAGAGGAGGUUUUGAAGUCAGAUGUACUUGAACGAGUUACCAUAGUGCUUUUGCUGGCUUUGAGUUGCACGGAGAAGAAUCCGCACAUGAGACCCACAAUGAGAGAUGUCAUCAAGCAGUUAGAAGAUGCUAAUCCAAGGACAAGGAGUAAAAAGCUUCCAAGUUCCAUCUCCUUAAAGACCCGUAGUUGA